AACCAAUAAACCUUUAUCGUGCCAACACUGGUAAAUCCAACGCAGUAUUGGACAUGCACUACUAUAAUACCGAUAGUACCUUCGAAAAUAUGACCGUACAGGAGAAUAUCAAUUAAAUAUAUAAUUCCAGGAAAACCGAAAUGAAUUCCCUAAACACUUCUGAUGGACCAUUGUUGUUUAUUGGGGAAUGGGUGAACCAUUAUGGAAAAGGAGAUCACUCUCAGAGGGAAUAUCAAGACUUUGGUAGAGCACAGUUAGAUGUGUAUGGAUCAGCUUCAUUUGGAUGGGCAUAUUGGACACUCAAGAAUGUGCAAAAUCAUUGGUCUCUCAAGUGGAACAUCGAUAACAAUUACCUCCAGUUAGCUGCUCCUAUAACUGCAGUCAGAAAGAGAAAGGCUAUAGCUUAUUGGAAGAUCGUCGUUCCUGUUUCUAUUUUGGUGGUAGCUAUCAUGUGCGUCUUAGGCUACAUUUAUCUGUUCAAGAGAAAUAAGACUCAUAAAAGAGAAAGAUUGAAAGGACUCCAAGGAGUGGUUACAGAUUUGAUGAAAUCCAAGUCUACCUACAAUGACACUCCAGAUAAUUCAUUUGAUAAUGGUCAAACAGAAGGAGAAACACAGGAAUUGCAAAUAUUUAACUACACUUGUUUAUCCAAUGCUACAAACAACUUCUGUUCGACAAAUAAAUUGGGAGAAGGAGGUUUUGGUCCAGUUUAUAAGGGUAAACUGCAAAACGAGAAGGAAAUAGCAGUGAAACGACUGUCUAAACACUCUGGACAGGGUAUUGAAGAGUUCAAGAAUGAGGUUGUAUUGAUCUCCAAACUUCAACACCGUAACCUUGUGAGAUUGUUGGGUUGUUGCAUUCGAGGAGAAGAAUACAUGUUAAUUUAUGAAUACAUUCCCAAGAGUAGCCUGGACGCAUUUCUAUUUGAUCCAAGUAAGAAAACACAACUAGAUUGGAAUAAGCGCUUCAAUAUUAUUGGAGGGAUUGCUCGGGGCCUUCUUUACCUUCACCGUGAUUCUCGUUUAAGAGUUAUUCAUAGAGACCUCAAAGUCAGUAACAUAUUAUUGGAUGAAAACAUGACCCCAAAAAUUUCAGACUUUGGAAUGGCACGGAUAUUUGGUGGUGACCAAGUUAUUGCGGAAACAAACCGUGUCGUUGGUACAUUUGGUUACAUGUCCCCAGAGUAUAUAAUGGGAGGCACAUUUUCGGAAAAGUCAGAUGUCUUUAGUUUCGGAGUGUUGAUUCUAGAAAUUGUCAGCAGUAAGAGAAAUAACAGCUUUUACAAUCCUGAAAAACCUAUAAACCUCUUACUUCAUACUUGGAGACUUUGGAAUGAAGGGAAAUGGUCAGAGAUUGUGGACGAGACUUUGGGUGAUUUAUAUUCUCCAUUAGAAGUGAAGAAAUGUAUACAUAUCGGUCUGUUAUGUGUUCAGAAUAGAGCAAUAGAUAGGCCAACAAUGACUGAAGUAGAUCAAAUGCUUAUCAGUGAAACUGAUCGUCCAUCUCCAAAAGAACCUCCAUAUACUUUCCCAGCAUCAUCAGAUAAGCGAGAUUCAGAGACAAGUGGCUGCUCAAACAAUUAUGUCAGUAUCACGGCAGUUGAAGGUCGAUAAGAUGCCAGAUAUACAGUUCAUUCACCAGAAAUUUGGCAUACAUAUGUUAUCAACUACAUAACAACGCCAGAAAUGUUAUUUUGGAAUCACAAAAUUGGUUAAAAAGACCAAAAUCAACAAUUCCUGGGUGAAAUGGACAGUUAGAUUUUGAUACUGUUUAAAUGGACAAAAAUGUAAAAAUAAACAGGAU